GGGUUUUUGACGGCUUUGUUGGUGUAUUUGGUGCUGGGGUGCAACCCCGCCCACGGAAGAGGGCGGAUGGGCAGGGUGGUGGCCGCCGGCAUCGUGCUGGGGGUUGGCGUGCACGUUAAGAUCUACCCGUUUGUGUAUGGGGGUUCGGUGUUGUUGGUGCUGGACCAGACCCAGCAGAAACAACCACAGAUCCAGAACCAGAAGAACCAGAAGCACCACAUCCGACUCCACCAGCUCUGCAAGGAAAUCACCCCCGCCCGCCUCACCGUCACAACCACCGCCCUCCUCACCUUCCUGGGGCUCAACGCCCUCAUGUACCACCACUACGGCUGGCCCUUCCUGCACCACACCUUCCUCCACCACCUCACGCGCGUCGACCACCGCCACAAUUUCUCGGUCUAUGCGUCUCUGCUGUAUGAUUCUGCGGCCACCGGCACCACCAGUGCGAUCGGGAUCGGGGCUCGCAUCGCAAGCUGGGCCUUCCUCCCGCAACUCCUCCUCUCCGUGAUCAUCAUCCCCCUCGCCCUGGCCCGCAAGUCCCUACCGGGGACGAUGCUCGCGCAGACGUUUGCGUUCGUGGCGUUCAAUAAAGUCUGUACGAGUCAGUACUUCCUCUGGUACCUGAUCUUCCUGCCGCUGUAUCUGCCGGACUCGUCGUUUGUGCGGCGGCCGCGGCUCGGGGUGGCGGCGUUGGGCGCGUGGGUGGUGGCGCAGGCGCUCUGGCUGCAGCAAGGGUAUAACCUCGAGUUCCUGGGGCGGUCGACCUUCGUGCCGGGGUUGUUCGUGGCGUCGCUGGGUUUCUUCGCGGUGAAUGUGUGGAUUCUCGGGGUGAUUGUGCAGGAUGUUGGGGCGUUGGAGGCUGGGGCCGGUGGGGACUGAGCUACGCUAAGGAUGGAAGCUGUAGGUAUCGUGCGGAUGCCACCAGUCGGAGGUCAAGUGGUGAUCUUCCAUAGACACAAGUUCAGC